UCAGAAUCUUGGUCUGAGAGGACGGAGGGAGAAAGGCUCUGCUUUGGGACCAGUUUUGAACCAGAACCUAAAUGCUCCACGGGAGUCCCACCACGCUCGGCGCAAUCUUCCUGUGGCCCGUUCCACCACAUCCCCCGAGGUGCGUCGGUGCUCACGCCGCGGGGCGAGCGGGAUUACCUGCGGGGCUGCGCCCGGCGCUCCGCCGGCCUCCCUCCUCGGCGAGCUGCGUCGCCGCACGCCGCGCUUACGGCCCGAGAGACCCGACCCUGCUGCCGCUGCCCGCGGCUCCCGGGGCCCCGGCGCGGAGCUGUGCCCGCCGCGAGGCCGUGCCCGCCGCGCCGUCCUGGCGCUGCUGGCGGCUGUUGCCGGGAGACCGGCGCCGCUCCGGCCGGCGCGCGCCCCUGGAUCGCUCCCGGCCGCGCGGCCGUUCCAGCACGGCACGAGCGCGGCACCCGUGGGCGGCCCUGAUGCAUUAUUCAUGAGGCGGUCCGAGAGGUAUUAUUCCUGAGGUGAUCCGACAUGCAUUAUUCAUGAGGCGAUCGGACAUGCAUUAUUCGUGAGGCGCUCGG